CCUUCCCCACCGGUAAUUCUAACGAAGUGACUCUAGUUCAAGUUCCGGUAGGUGCCGGAAGCCAAAGUCAGGUGACCCGGAAGGGAAAAGUGGAGAAAAAAAUGGCCGGCUGGUUGCGGUUGCUAGGCGAUCGUGGUCUGCGGGGCGUCUGGGGCAAAAGACAGCUUCCAAAUGGCUUGGGCAGAAGAACAUUCAUUGGAUGCUCCCCGUCUAAAGCUAUCCCCAACCUGAUAUGGCUGCGAAAAGAGACUUCCUGGAGAUGUUGCACAUCUGGAAUUUCCAGUGCCAUUACUGCCAAGUCUGGAGAGGAUGCAGUACUCAAAUGGGGCCUCCUCGCUAUCCCUGUGGUGACAUUUUGCCUUGGAACGUGGCAGGUUCAGCGGCGGAAAUGGAAACUGAAGCUGAUUGCUGACUUGGAAGCACGAGUUGCAGCAGAGCCAGUUCCGUUGCCACCUGACCUCCUGGAGUUGAAGGAGUUGGAGUACAGGCCGGUUAGAGUCCGCGGAUACUUUGACCACACAAAGGAGUUGUACAUACUUCCACGUUCCCUGGUGGAUGUGAAGAAAGAGGCCAGGGCUGCUGGCCAGCUGAUGUCGAAUCCAGAGAGCGGUGCGAAUGUGAUCACACCCUUUUACUGCACGGAUCUUGGAAUCUCAAUUCUCGUCAACAGGGGCUUUGUCCCCAGAAAGAAGGUGAAGCCAGAGACCAGGCGGCAAGGACAGAUCCAGGAAGAAACUGAGCUCACCGGAGUGGUGAGGCUGUCCGAAACCCGCAAGCCCUUUGUCCCAGAGAACAACGUGGAGCAGAACCGCUGGCACUACCGAGACCUGGAAGCCAUGGCGAGAGUGACAGGGGCUGAGCCCAUUUUUAUAGAUGCAGAUUACAAGAGCACAGUCCCAGGGGGGCCAAUUGGAGGCCAGACAAGAGUGACCUUAAGAAACGAGCACAUGCAGUAUAUUAUUACCUGGUAUGGCUUGUGUGUGGCCACAUCCUACCUGUGGUACAAGAAGUUCAUUCAAAAAGUGCACCUCUGAGCCUCAGUCCUUUACUGCAAUGUCUUGUUCAGCCGGAAUAGUCACAAUGGAGCUGACUGUUCCAAGGGUCACCAUGAUCACAGCAUCUAGGUGUUCCACUGGAAGCUGGCUAGAGCUGCCGUAAGCACGAAUUACCCUUGGGAGGGCCAGGCGGCUACUUGAAUCAAAAUCAGGAUUCAUUACAUGCAGAAGAGCUGAAAAGGUAGAAAAGAGGAUGCCACUCAUGGCAUGAAGGCUCUCAUUCUUCAGCUUGAAAAGCAGAUGGGAAAUCAGUGACUGUACGGGGGUUGGAGGAGUUUGGGGCAAGAUUCUGGAAUUGUGACUGAAGCCAUCAGGUUUCUUGGAAUGAGGUUGGGGAAUAAAUCAUGUUUUCAGCUUUUA